UCCAGCCUCAUCGGUCGAUGGACUGGAAGCUCAUAGCAAAAUGAGUAGAUUGCUAUGACUGCUCAUGGAAUCGGGCAGCGAAUUUGUUGCAUGACUUUUCAGUGGAAAGCCUCCACUUGAGUGAUCGAGAGGUUCAAGGUGAGGCUUUCGGGACUGAAGGAGGAGGACUGCUUUCGAAGCGCUCGAUCGUCGAAGCAUAUGGAUUUCCAGGAAACUGAUGGAUUUCUCAGGAACUGAUGUCGGAUUUCCAGUCCACUUAUGGCUAUCAAUGAGCUCCUCAAUCAGUCCGCUGAUUAAAGUUAUUGGAGCCCACCGCAGCUUCGUCUUGUCCAUCGGUUUCAAGCUUAGGCAUAUCCAGCUACCCUGGAACACUUUGAUUCGAUGGAAUUGCGGUAUUUUCCCUAUGGUAGCAGACCAGAGGCUUUCCGAGACACGAGGAUGGGUGGUUCCAGUGAUGACGGCACGGGAUUUGGAGAAGAUUUAGAUGUUUCCAGCAGCUCCUUCGACUCAGAGUUUGAAAUAACUGAAGGAGAAGAGAUGCACGAGGACGAGAGCUCGUUUGUGUUAUGCGAGGAGUUGAAACUCCUUUCAUUCUCGUGCAGAGCAAAGCGUUCAGCACGGCAGAUAAGAUCUCAGCCUUUUUUGGGUCUCACGAAGUACAUCCCUGCCUACCAUCGAAAACGAUCAAAGUCGGGCCUGCUACCAUCGCCUCUAUCACUUUCAACCUCGCGGCGAGCAGAAUUUGACGACCUUUGUGAAGGAGUGAAAAGGGACAUACUGAGCCGACUGCCAGCAGCGAGCGUGCUUUCAAACCGUAGUGUCAACUGCGAGUGGAGCAGAAUACUCUCUUCAGACAGAUUUCUAACCAACGAGUGGGCCAAGAACAGGCCGGAUGAGAAGUGGAUCUUCCUGCACAAUCCAAAUCGGCCAGAAGUUUUUCUUUUCUAUGAUCCCACUUACCAUCAAUGGAGGUACAAAUCACUCCCAGGGCCUGGAUCCUUUCUGACCAACAUGACCAGCAAAUCCCUGGCCACUGCCGGCGGUUUAGUGUAUGCUCUGGGACGAGGAGCUGGGGCUCUCUUUGUCAAGGUUUGCAAUCCCCUCACGGGCGAGGUAUCUACUUUCCCAUUCCCUGUCACUGCGCAGAACAGCAAUUCAAGUCUCAGUAUACUCAUCACUGAGCACAAGAAGACUGGAUCCUAUGGCAUACUCGUGCAAGAUUACGCACUCAGGGUUGAUGGUCCGGAUCCACGGCUGCUGGGCAAUGUUGCUGGGCAUUACGAGAUGAUAAUCUCCCCGACGAGAAAAUUCUCGCUCUAUUCGUCCGACAAUGGCUUAUGGUUGGAUCUUCCGGAUAUCAAGCCUGAAAUUAUUCCAGGCCAGGAAUCAUUCGUGCAUCUCCAUUUAUUGCAGAGGUUUCGAUACGAAGAUGGGCAGCUGUGCUUCUAUCCAAUGAGCGUAGUAGAUUGCAUCCAUAAGGGAAAUGUUGUGUGGCUUGAUAUUCAGAGCCAACAGUGGACUUUCCAUCUACCAAUCAAUUGGAUACCAGCAGAGUCAUCACGAAUAAACAAACUGCUUCGCAGAAAGUGUUUAAUGAAAAUAUUCGAGAGAGAUGGAGAAUUGAUUUUAGUGACGAUCGUGAGGAAUUUUCGGUCGACGGGCUUAGAAAUCUGGACACGGAGCCUGUCUCGGAGUGAGAAUGAUGACACACUUUGCUGGAGACGGCUGGACAUCCUGCCUAGGAGAUUCGCUUCGCUGCUUGUGACCACUACGGAGCCCGAGUACCGUGUGACGAGAAGAUUCAGGAGACCGAAGAAACGCUCGAUUUCAGAAACGCUGAGCAACCUUUUAUUCUUUCCGCUCGGAGACAAGGUGCAUGGCGAUAAGCUUCUGAUCAUGAAUGCCCACAACUUCAAUACGAUCACGUUCGAUUUCGCGGAUAAGCCCGGAAAACAGCGAUGGAAAUUCCUGGGAUCACCUACUAUACCGAAUUUUUCGGAUACAUAUAAUUGUUGUCGGUUUCUAAAAGAGCUGAGCGAGCUUUGGACUAAGGGAUUUUGUCAGGCCUGUAUAUUCGAACCUCGUUUGGAUGCUAAACCGUAGACAGAAAUCUGUGUGCACUCAACUUGACGCUCAUCUCACAGGAGGCUGUUUCGACGAGCAUAGGACAGAAUCUAGAACCUCUCGAUUCUUGGCAGGUAUCAGCACCUGGAUGCGAAAUCUUCAUACAGCGAACUGCGAAGUGAAAUGGGAAUUGCGGAACCGAUCUUUAUUGAAAGGAAAAGUCCUGCAAGGCCGGAGUCGAAAUUGUCAAAUUCCAGACACUCGAGAAAUUGUGGUAAAAUUCACUUGUGCAGGAGCAAAGAUUGUGAUCUAGUCCCUUCUAAGCUUCUAGAACUGUGUUGGAAAGUAGUGUUCAUGACUGCCAGUUGCUGCUUCAAGUAAGCUUUUCAACGAAAGACGCAUUCAUGCACAAGUUCUGACUCGAUGCUUUGAAAUCUCUAAAGAUAUCCUGGAAAAUGACUCAGACAAUGUUUCCAUGCAGUCUAAUGAAUUUCCUGAAAAAGUCAUAUUAGAAUGAUGCACCCUUGCACUUGAAUGCACAAGUGCAUUCAAGUGCAUCUUGUUCAAUUUGCAUAUUCUGUACAUAACGAAGAAUAAGCAUGUUCA